AUGGAAGAGCGUGAUAACGUUGAUUGGGUGGUGUUACGCGUUUCAUUAGCUGAUGAGCGGCUCAGCAGGAAUUUAGAGGGAGCCAAGAUUCUUGACUUCGAUGAGUUUUUUAUCCCGGUUCAUCCUUCGCCGCCCGCGGUGGCAACUCCUGACGAGGAAGAGGUCGAGUUUCCAGACCUAGCUCAGCCUGAAGUUCUAAGCGUGUUAGCGGGACUAGAUCCCAAGAAGAAGCACGUCCUAGUUAAGGGCGCAAGGGCUAGGGGAAGAGGAGAUGAUCAUGACAUGGAGCGCCUGGUUACUAAGAGGAAAAAGGGCAAUGGAGAUGAUGGCGAGGGCGGUGGGGAUGCUUCUGCUGAGAAAGAAUAUGCUGAGAUUAGAUCAAAGAAAAUACAUGAUCCGAAGAGAAAAGCGAGUCUUCAACUACGUAUGUCUGAGAUUACAACAUCAAAGAGGAGAAAUACAUCUGAAGUUGAUUCUGCUAAAAAGGGGAAGAAUGGAUCUAAAUUCAUGUUGAAACGUCCUCCAACUGCUCCAGUACGUAUUAAAGCAUACAUGAAUCAAAAAAUCAGAGAUGAUUUGAGGGACAAACUUACUGAUGAACAGUUUGAGAUGUUUGAGAACACUAUUUUUGGUAAAUAUUUGGAUAUGCCGGUUGAAUCCGAAAUUCAGUGUCAAUUGUUUAAAUGUCUGAUGAUUAGGGAGUUGAAACGUAGUUCGAAGGAUGCUUUUGUUAUUGAUAUCAAUGGGACUGAACUCACGUUUACUCUAUUUGAUUUUGCAUUAAUUAUUGGGAUCAAGUGUUAUGAUUAUACAUGGGGUAAAGAAGCAUUCGAUGAUCUGAUUGUUAGUGUUCACAACAGGAUGCAAAAGAUACUUCAGUUUUACUGUCUUCGGGGUUUUCCGUAUGCUAUGCAAGUUUGGAUAUACGAGUGUUGUUCCAACGUUGACCCCAAUUUAGCUGUUAAGACAGGAAACCGAAUUCCAAGAAUGUUAAACUGGAAAACAAUUAACACACAACCAACGGUUUCCCUACUCAUGUCGCGCAUGUUUAGAGAAGGUGUUUCCAAGGAUCACAUUAACUUUAGGAACAUUGUUCCUCUGACCAAUGAAGUUGAAGAGCUCGGGUUGCGUCCAUUCUUUGUAGCCAGACCCGUUUCACAUACGCAAAUACAAGAAACAGAGGAUGAGUAUGCUGAUUUCUCUACAACAACACCACAUGUUGCUGCUGCUAAAGAAAAAGAACGGAAAGACGCUUCAAAGUCUCCACCACGCAAGAAAUCUAGGAAGAUGUCAACUGCACCGUUGCCCGUGGAAAAUCGGCAAUCAACAAUCCAACAAACUGUCAUCCCACCGUCAGUUCCAACAGGAGUUUCUGUCCCAGUUCAGCCCGUUCAAUCAAAAGGAAAAGAAACAGUUGGUACAAGUACACACCGCGCAUCUGUUGAUGAUUCAUCCACCAACAAAUCAGAUGACAUCAAAUCUUUGAGGGAAGAUUUCAACAAAUUCAAACAAGAUUUUCUUGAUGCAUUCAAGUUUGUAUUUACUGAAUUAAAGGAUUUCCGUCUUGCGAUGGAUGAAAAAUUAACAAUGCUUUUGGAAAAUAAAAAACUGAAUCAAAAUUCAGAAAAGGAUGAUGGUCAUGAAAAACAAGCGGAUAAUGGCAAUGGAAGCGGUGAUACUGUCAAAGUUUCAACAGAAGAGAUUUUGGAAGGAGGUGAUCUUUCGGGAGAACAGAAGAUUUCCGAUGAAUGUCCGGCUGUUGAGACAGCCAAAGAAACAGUGGAAGAAAAAAAAGAAUCCGAUGAUUCAAAUGAUACAGAGGUUAUUGCACAGGUACUGGCUGAUAUAGCAAAAAAUGAUCCAAAAGAACAAGUUACACCACAAAAGAAUGUGGGAAACACCAGCUUUAAUGAUUUUGUGGAUCCUGGUGCAAAAGUUUGUGACGUGCAACCUAUAUAUGAGUGGUUGCUGCCCGACGAAGCAUUGCCAAGUCAAACUCCUGGAAAAGAGAUUGCGAAAGGAGAAGAAACUGAAAAAGGAAUAAUUCUUCAUCCAUCAGUUCCUCGGACUAUACGGCCCGAAAAAUACCACGCCUCACCAUGGUGCACAGAAUUUGGUAGCAAUUCGGGCAAGCAACUAAUGCCUUUGUUUGACAAGAAACACCCCUUUCAUCAAUUUCCCAUUACCGAUGUGUUGGACCUCGAUGUAUUUGAAGAAUUCUGUGAAUGGCUUAACAAGGGAUUGCUAAAAAGGCAUGAUGCCAAGAAAAAUUAUGAAGAUCAUUACAGGAAAAACAUGGCAGCUUUCGAGGAUGGUGUCCAAUACGAUUUUGUUGUCACAACUGUUAAAGAUAAGAACUGGUUUUACCUUUUGUCAAUGGAUGGUCAGUUGUGGAAUGACGAGCAUAUUGACGUCAUUUUCUACUACUUUCGGAAGAAAGGAAAAUAUGACAUGAACAACAACUACACUUUCACCAAUGUUGAUUGUGUUUUCAAGCAGCACUUUGAUGUUUGUUAUCACGCAUUCCACAACGUCGGAACACAGACCGAUGUUGCCAACGAAGAGUCUACUUUGAUCGAUUAUGUCAAGGGCCACAGACUACUUGCGAAUGUGCCAUGGCAUACGGUUGACAAUGUGCUAAUACCAUUCAACAUAAAAGAAGAAAAUCAUUGGGUGUUGGUUGUUUUGUCAUUCUUGGACAGGCGUCUUUAUGUUUACAACUCGUACCAUUCUGCUCGGCACGCAGCAGUUGUGAGGACUGAAGUUGAAAAACUGGCCACAUUACUGCCACAUUUCCUUAAUAUGUCGGGAUUCUUUGUAAAUCGAAGACGUCUCAGUUUGGUUAAGGAUACAACUUCUAACGAUAAGGGGCAGAUGGAUACCCUUGAUGUUGUUUAUGUUGAAAAUCUGCCUCAGCAAGAAUAUGGUAGCAUGUAA